AUGUAUGGUGCGUCAACAUCAAACCAGCGCAUUGAAAGCUGGUGGUCCAUCUUUCGUAAACAAAGGAGUCAGUUUUGGAUAGACUUCUUUGGUGAUUUGAGGGAGAAGCAUCUCUUCAAUGGGUGUCAGGAGCAUAUGUCUUUAGUGCGAUACUGCUUUUUGGAUCUCCUGCAAAAAGAGCUGGAUGACUACAGGCGGCUCUGGAACACUCACACUAUCCGUCCUGUUCGCCAGUCCAGAUGUCCAUCUUGUAAACCAGAGGCAAUGUAUCAUGUGCCUCAAAGGUUUCAUGGGAGGAACUGUGGAUUCCUAACAUCUUCACAAAUGCUUGACCACUUACACAGCCUACUUCCCCCACUAGCAACUCCCAGAGAUGAACUGCAACCUGUUUUUGACGAAAUGCAACAACAGAGAGGUCUGACGACUCCUCUGCAGUGGGAAUGUGCUGUAGAGAACUACAUCAUUCUGAAGGACUUGGCUGGUUUGUAA